AUGGCAAGCUACAGCUCCUACGGUCCAGCUACAACUUCUCAAUCGGAUGUUCCGACAAAGAAGGCAAAGGCUACCAGUGAAGAAAAGUUAACCGCUGAACGAUUGCUCAAAUUCAUCUUAUUCAACGAGGAUCGCGCGGAUGUGCAUUUUUUGUUUCCAAGCGAGACCGAGGCAGUUGUUCGUUUGCCCGGUCACAAACUGAUUCUCGCGACACGAAGCUCUGUUUUUGGAGCUCAAUUCAGCGGUCGGUUCGCCGAUGAGGACGAGUGCCGGAUCAGCGACGUCUCAUCGGACUCAUUUCGAGAGUUUCUUCGUUAUUUGUAUACCGAUACGAUCGAGGCGACCGAAUUGUGGGUGUUCGCCGAGUUGUUCUACUUGUCGGAGAAAUACAUGAUUCAUACGAUGAAAGACGAUUUGAUUCAAAAGUUGAACGAAAUCAUGGGCAAGCACGACGUUUUGGAGUUGCUCACCCCUCCGCUCUCCAAUCAUUUGACGAAAGAAGCUGUCUUCAAUUUGAUUGACGAGCGAAUCGAUCACGUGCUCCAAUCACCGCUCUUCCUACAAUUGCCCAAAGAAGUGGUGAAAGACAUCCUCCAAAGAGACUCGCUGAAGUGCAACGAGAUGACGAUUUACUCGGGAAUGAUCAAAUGGGCUGAGGCUGAGUGCAAGAGAAACGAUUGGCCGGCAGAUGGAGAGGGAUUGCGGAGAGCUCUCGAUGAACUUUUACACCUCAUUCGGUUUCCAGCAAUGUCCGGCGAAGAGUUCAACAAUGGUCCGGUUGGAAAGGGAUUGUUUGAGGGAAAGGAAGCUUACGACUUGCUCCUUUGCAUCAACUCACUCCAGACAAAGAAAGAACUUCGCAAGAUGGCAACCGUUGGUUUAACUACAACAUCUCAAUCGGAUGUGGUGAAAGCGCCAAAGAAGCCAAAGGUUACCAGUGAAGAGAAGAAGGCUCCAGCUCAUCCCACAUACGCUGAGAUGGUCGUUGCCUCAAUCAGUGCAUUGGCUGAUCGCAAAGGAUCUUCAAGGAUUGCAAUCGCUAACUAUGUGCUUCAAAAUUACAACGUCGGAGGUGACAGCAAAAAGGUGAACCUGCACGUGGGCGUCAAUUUGAAGAAGGGGGCCGACUCGGGUCUUUUGCAGCAAGCCGCAAAAGUCGCCGCCAAGAAAGCUGCGAGGAAGACCACCACCAAGUCACCAAAGGAGGCCACGACCAGCAAAUCACCAAAGAAGGCUGCCACGACGAAAUCAUUGAAAGUCGUUGGAAAGAAGACUGCGGUUGAGGAAAAGAAGGCAGCAACUUCCAAGAAGUCGACGGUGAAGACUGCGAAGGGCGACUCCGCCACUCUCAAGGCCAAGUCACCAAAGAAGGCCACCGCCAAGUCAGCAAAGAUGGCAAAUAGCGACUCUUCAAUUCCCAAGGCACCAAAGAAGGCCACCGUCAAGGUUUUGUUGGACGGUACUUUGGUA